UCUCCGCCUCCAAGGAUAAAAGGCGGCUGCGCAAACUCUGUCGGUCUUCUCCCACGUCAACCAGAGCAACAGCUACCAGAAAUCCACCAGUCAACCGAGCUUUAUAAUAAUCAUGGCCGAGCAGAAGGAGCGCACAUUCAUUGCCAUCAAGCCCGAUGGUGUGCAGAGGGGCAUCAUUGGAGAAGUCAUCAAGAGGUUUGAGACCAAAGGCUUCAAACUUGUGGCCAUGAAGAUGCAACAUGCCUCUGAGGACCUCCUGACGCAGCACUACCUCGACCUGAAGGACCGGCCCUUCUUUCCUACCCUCAUGAAAUACAUGACCUCUGGUCCAGUUGUUGCCAUGGUGUGGGAGGGCAAAGGUGUGGUGAAGACCGGCAGGGUGAUGCUGGGUGAGACCAACCCCGCUGAUUCCAAGCCUGGGACCAUCAGAGGAGACUUUUGCAUCGACGUCAGCAAGAACAUCAUCCACGGCAGUGACUCCGUCGAGAGUGCCAACAAGGAGAUUGCCCUGUGGUUUAAAGAUGACGAGCUGGUCCACUACACCAGCUGUGCUGCCAGCUGGCUCUACUGAGCACUCUGGGUCCUGCAGCAGUCCUUGCACUGGUUGGAGACCAGUAAAACAUUAGCCUCAGAUUUCCCUCUUUUCGUCCAUAGCCUAGAGGAGAAGAACUGAAGUUCUUCAUGCCUCAGUCAUCCCAUUCCCCCUGCCCCCCUACUCAUCAUACUGUACUUGGAUCUGGUCCCUGCUGAGAUCUACGUCUAGUCAGAAUUCAUUCCUCAGUCCCAUUCCUUUAGGAAACAUUCCAUCAAUCCUUACAUGUACAGUUAAUGACUUUGGCUGUUGGUUUUGUUAAAGGUGAUCUGCUUUCCAAUAAAAUGCACACAAUA